AUGGCCACCACCAACGACCUCUCACCUCUUGACGUUAACAGCUACGACUAUAUUGUCGUAGGUGGUGGUACUGCAGGUUGUGUCAUUGCCGCGCGUCUGGCCGAGUACCUGCCAAAUAAGCGCACUUUGGUCAUUGAAGGAGGUCCUAGUGAUUUCACUGAUGAUCGUGUGCUCAAGUUGAGUGAAUGGCUCAGCCUUCUUGGGGGAGAGUUGGACUAUGAUUAUCCUACUACCGAACAGCCUAACGGUAACAGCCACAUCCGCCACUCCCGCGCAAAGGUGCUGGGAGGCUGCUCCAGCCACAACACUCUCAUCUCUUUCCGCCCCUUCGAGUAUGACUGUCGUUUAUGGGUUUCUAAGGGUUGCCAUGGAUGGGACUUUGAGACGUUCACUCGCCUCAUUGACAAUCUGCGCAAUACCUUCCAGCCAGUGCAUGCCCGUCACCGUAACCAGCUCUGCAAGGACUGGGUUCAGUCCUGCUCAACUGCCAUGAAUAUCCCCAUCAUUCCUAACUUUAACGCUGAUAUUCGUAAGAAUGGUGAGCUAACCGAGGGUGUUGGAUUUUUCAACAUCUCCUAUAACCCUGAUAAUGGCCACCGAAGCAGUGCCAGUGUCGCUUACAUCCACCCAAUCUUGCGCGGCGAUGAAAAGCGCCCCAACCUGACAAUUUUGACCAACGCUUGGGUGUCUAAGAUCAACGUAGACGGAGAUACCGUUACUGGUGUGGAUGUGACCCUGCAGUCCGGUGUCAAGCACACUCUACGCGCUCGCAAGGAGACCGUCCUCUGCGCUGGUGCUGUGGACACCCCCCGCUUGAUGAUGCUGUCCGGUCUGGGCCCUCGUGAGCAGCUCUCUGCUCUGGGUAUUCCUGUUGUCAAGGAUCUCCCCGGUGUAGGCGAGAACUUGUUGGACCACCCGGAGAGCAUUAUCAUCUGGGAAUUGAACCAGCCCGUUCCCCCGAACCAGACUACCAUGGACUCCGACGCCGGUAUCUUCCUACGCCGCGAGAUCCGCGAUGCUGCUGGCUUUGAUGGACGUGCCGCCGAUAUCAUGAUGCACUGCUACCAGAUUCCCUUUACUCUCAAUACUACUCGUCUGGGAUACGACGAGCCCGUCAAUGCCUUCUGCAUGACCCCCAACAUCCCCCGCCCCCGCUCCCGUGGUCGUCUGUACCUAACCUCCGCCGACCCCUCCGUGAAGCCUGCCCUGGACUUCCGCUACUUCACCGACCCCGAGGGUUACGAUGACGCCACCAUUGUGGCCGGUCUCAAGGCGGCUCGUGAGAUUGCCCAGCAGUCUCCCUUCAAAGAAUGGAUCAAGCGUGAGGUCGCCCCCGGCCCCAAGAUCCAGACUGACGAGGAAUUGUCCGAAUACGGCCGCCGUGUUGCGCACACCGUGUACCACCCAGCUGGCACUACCAAGAUGGGUGACACCGUGCGCGACCCUAUGGCCGUUGUCGACCCCAAGCUGAAGAUUCGUGGUCUCAAGGGCAUCCGUAUCGCAGACGCAGGUGUCUUCCCUGAUAUGCCCACUGUGAACCCUAUGCUCACUGUCUUGGCUAUUGGUGAGCGUGCCGCCGAGCUCAUCGCCGAGGAAGCUGGCUGGAAGAGCUCGCAGCCCCGUUUGUAA